CCGAGUCACUUGCCGGCCAUCUACCACCAGUCAGUUCUCGAAGUAACGUGGGUCUGAUUGGAUCCACGCUCGCCCGUUUCUUCGAGCUUAUAUUAUAUAUUCAUAUACAUAUAUAUGUUCUCACACAUACGCGUCGUUAUAAUCUCCGUUUAAUUUGAUACUGAGCCGACAAUCUAGUUACGCGGAUAAAGGAACUUGGGAUUAAGGAAUAAAUGGAUUAACGAAUUAAUAAUCACGGAUUUACGGAUUUAUAAUCAACUAACUGGGAUCUAUGAAUCCGUUUGAUGUUAAAUUUAUAUAGGAUAAUCGUUGGAUACAGUGUCAUGUGUAAUGUGAUAGCUAAGUUUACGAUAACAGUUAAAGAAUGGUGUGUUAAUUGUGAAUAGUGAAUUAGUAAUGAUAAUGUAUUGUAUAAUGAAUAACAAAUGUUGAUGAUUAUUGCAACAUAGAUGGGUCUAUCGGUCCCAUCUUCGAUAGUGAACAGUGGUUUUCUUUAUAGGAUAACGUAAACAAAUAGGUGCCUGUUGGUAAUAAUUAACAGCCGCAGGUUACCGACCAAACAUGCAGGGGAACCCUGCCUUUCUUGCAAUACUCCUCGGCACGAUAUUUGGAUCUCUUGGGGCAUCACUGAGCAAAGCACUACGAUAUAAAGCCCCGGAUGAGUGUAAAUGGGUAGCAGUUGGAGAUGGUGAGGAUGACGUAUCACUUGUCUGCAGGUUGAGAACAAUAAAUAGCGAAUUGGAGAAUACUAAUUUCAGUGUGAUACAGCCCCAGCACACGGUCAGACUGAGACUUGAGUGCAGCGAUGCACUUUUCUACCAGAGCUCGCUCAGUGCUGGUAGUUUUCGGCCACUGGUUGAGCUCAGGGAGCUCGUUAUUGAGUAUUGUAAAAUAGGUAAUUUGUCGGAUGAUGCAUUUAGAGGACUCAAAGAGCUGCGUAAUCUUACAGUACGUACUCACAACACCGACUGGUCAGCGAUGGCACUGGAUAUUUCGCAACGGGCGUUUACUGAAGAGCUGUCGAAGCUCGAGAGACUGGACCUCGGGGAAAAUAACAUGUGGAGUCUGCCCGAGGGUAGUCUGUGUUCGCUAAGCAGUCUCGAAGUACUCAAUUUGACGAGAAAUCGACUGAGAGAAGUCUCUAGUUUCCAUUUCAACAACGUCGCUGGAAGAUGCGUUGGGAAUCUACGUGAACUGGAUUUAAGUAAUAAUAGCAUUGAAAAUUUACCCACGGCAGCAUUCUCGGGGUUAACGAGGCUGCAUACUCUCAAUCUACGCAGCAACGCGAUUGGUUUUAUGGCCGAUCGUGCUUUCGAAGGCUUAACGAGUUUAACGGUAUUGAGAUUGUCCAACAAUCGCUUAACAAGUUUGCCUCCCGAAUUGUUCACCGAAGCACGCAAUCUCAAAGAAGUCUAUCUACGCAAUAAUUCGCUUAAUGUCCUGCCACCUGGUUUAUUCAAUGAUUUGACCCAGCUGCUGGUCUUGGAUCUUUCAAAAAACGAACUGACAACCGAAUGGGUAAAUGCCGCAACCUUCAGCGGUCUCGUUCGUCUUGUCGUUCUAGACUUGUCAUCAAACCGUAUUUCAAGAUUAGAAUCAACCGUGUUUCGUGAUUUGUACUCUCUACAAAUUCUGAGACUCCAAGAAAAUCUUAUCGAAACUUUGCCAGAAAAUACAUUCUCAGCGUUGUACAAUUUGCACACAUUGGUGCUCAGUGACAACCAAUUGACCGUUAUCGAUGCAACAACUUUGAGUGGCUUAUACGUAUUAAGUUUACUGUCAUUAGAUAAUAACCGUUUGACGAUAUUACAUCCAAGUUCGUUAAGAAACGCCUCAUCACUCCAGGAUUUACAUCUUAACGGUAAUCGACUCACCGCAGUACCGGAUGCACUAAAAGCCACGCCUCUAUUACGUACACUUGAUCUUGGGGAAAAUCUUAUCUCGGAGAUACCAAUCGGUACAUUUGAUCACGUAUCGCAAUUAUAUGGAUUACGUCUUACGGAAAACCAUAUUGGGAAUUUGACAAAGGGUAUCUUUGAAAAAAUAAAAGAGCUAAAGAUACUAAAUCUGUCUCGCAAUAGAAUUCAGUACAUAGAACCCGGUACUUUUGAUGACAACACAAAUUUACAAGCUAUUCGUUUAGAUGGCAAUCAGUUGAUGGCAAUCAACGGUUUGUUUGCUAAUUUGCCAAAUUUAGUGUGGUUAAAUGUAAGUGACAAUAGACUUAAGUGGUUUGAUUACGCAAUGAUACCGACUGGAUUACAGUGGUUAGAUGUACAUUCAAAUGAUAUUACUGAAUUAGGUAAUUAUUUUGAAAUAGAAACUCAAUUACAACUGAGCACUUUUGAUGCCAGUCAGAAUAAGCUGACUGAAAUAACGGGUAACGCAAUACCAAUGAGUGUUAAAGUGUUGUUUUUAAAUGACAAUUUGAUAAGCAAAGUACAGAGUUAUGCAUUUUUUAAAAAACCUAAUUUGACUCAUGUCGAUUUAAAGGGCAAUCGCAUACAAAAUUUGGAGACAUAUGCAUUGCGAAUCAGUGCUGUCCCUGCGGAUAAAUCACUACCGGAAUUUUAUAUCGGUGAUAAUCAUUAUCUGUGUGAUUGUACAAUGGAAUGGCUGCAACGAGUGAACCGUCAAAAUCAGUCACGAAUAUAUCCAAAUGUUAUGGACCUUGAGAGUAUUUACUGCAAGUUACUGUAUGAUCGGGAACGUGUUUAUGUGCCACUUGUUGAAGCUUCGCACUCGCAAUUUCUCUGUAAAUAUGACUCCCACUGUUUUGCACUGUGUCAUUGCUGUGAUUUUGAUGCGUGUGACUGUGAAAUGACGUGUCCGCAGAACUGUACAUGCUAUCACGAUCAAUCGUGGUCAGCAAAUGUCGUCGAUUGUUCAGCUGGUGGUCACGUUAAUCGGCUACCAGAGCAAAUUCCCAUGGAUGCGACACGGCUGUACCUAGAUGGGAACGAUUUGAAAACUAUUUCGAGUCACGCGUUCAUUGGUCGUAAAAAGUUAAAAGUCCUCUAUCUGAAUUCGUCAAACAUUGAAUUGGUUCAGAAUAGGUCAUUUAAUGGUUUGCGUGACCUCGAGGACUUGCAUUUACAAAAUAACAAGAUAAAAGAGUUACGCGGCUACGAGUUCGAGGGCUUAGACAAUUUGAAAUACUUGUAUCUGUAUGGCAACGAGAUAAUGACAAUAGCUAACAGGACGUUUUCGCAAUUAAAAUCGCUAAGUGUGUUGGAGUUGCAAAAUAACCGUCUGACGACCUUGGCGGUUUGGGCCCUGCCGGCAUCAAUCCAAGUGAGCCUAUCGCGGAAUCCCUGGUCUUGUGAGUGUGAUUAUCUGGAGGUUUAUCGCGAAUGGAUACUUGCUGCUAAGAAUAGAGUCGCCGAUUCAAAUCAACUGAGAUGCGUAUUUAAUGUCACGGAGUUCGAGGUUUACGGUGAUCAAGUGUUCAGGGACAACGAGUUUGGUUUUUCUGUUAUUGCAGCUGGUAAUUCAACACAAGCUACGAGUACCAGUACAAGUACAAGCACCAGUACAAGUACCAGUGACAGCCAACAGUGUACGGGUCUCAUGAACAUUGACAACGGCAUACAGAGUAAUUUAACCAAAACAAUUAUCGAGCGACAAGCACUAGAAGACUAUUUACCUCUACUAAUUUCAACAUUGGCAGCAUUUCUGAUCGUCAUGUUGCUCUGUAUGCUGAUAUUUAUAUUCCGACAGGAAUUCCGUGUCUGGUUCCACUCGCGUUUCGGGGUCAGAAUUUUCUACCGAAAUACCGAAUUCGACCGCGACGAUCGCGAUAAACUAUUCGACGCUUUCGUCAGUUAUAGUUCUAAAGACGAAGCAUUUGUCGUCGAAGAACUAGCCCCCGUUCUAGAAAUGGGCAACCCAUCUUACAAAUUGUGUCUUCACUACCGGGAUUUUCCAGUCGGUAGUUUCAUCGCGGACACGAUCGUCCAGGCCGUCGAGUCAUCAAGACGAACCAUCAUCGUCCUCUCGGAAAAUUUCAUAAAAUCCGAGUGGUGCAGAUUCGACUUCAAGUCAGCCCAUCAUCAGGUUCUUCGCGAUCGCAGACGAAGGCUGAUUCUUGUCCUAGUUGGUGACGUUCCCCAACGCGAUCUUGAUCCAGAUAUCAGGUUAUAUUUAAAAACUAACACGUAUUUACAGUGGGGCGAUAAAUUGUUUUGGGAAAAACUGAGAUUUGCUCUACCAGAUGUUCCAAAUAAUCAGAGAACAAACAAUCAGAGACGGCAACCGCCUCCCGUGCGCAGGCAACACAAUAAUCAAACAAGUGGAACCCGUACCGUUGCGGUUCAUAUUUAAUAAAUAUACUAUUUCUAUAUAUCAUUAUAUAGACCAACGACUCAUACCUUCCAUUGUCAUCAUUAUUCAUCCAAUGGAUUAUUUGUGCAAAUGUUCAGCGCGCGGUUUAUUUAAAAUAUGUAUAUAAAGUGAUUAGUCUAAAUAUCUUAACAAAUGAUUGCGCGAACUUGUAAAUAAAAUAAAAUAAAGUAAACAAUUGGAAUGAGUGUAUUGAGAAUGGAAUGUGCCAAUUGUGAAAAUAUUUUAUUCACUAUGUAAAGUCAGUGAAUUAGUUGGUAAUUAGAUAGACGGAUGUAAAUAAAAUUUAUAAUUAAAUUGUGCGAGGGUUCGCUAUCGUACUAUUUUAUUUUUUUUUAAAUCAAUUAAUUGAUUAUUAAUAAUUAUUAAUUAUUGUUAAUCAUUGAUUGUGGGCAUGUUACUUAAAAAAAAAUACGAUUGAGUCGUAGAUGCUCAUAAUCAUUAAAAAAAAAAAUUAAUUAAUUAAUAAUUGAAUUUUUAAUGUUUUAUGUAAAGUGACUGUGAAUAAUUGAGGAAAAAUUAUAUGGAUUUUAUGAAAUUAAAGUACUUAAAUGCAAAUAUUUGUGAAUAUGUAGCUUUUUUAUUGUAGUAAUUGAUUAAUUAAUUAUUAUUAUAAUUAUUAUUACUAUUGAUAUGAAAAUAAAAAAAAAACGGAUGCCAAUUGCGGUAUCUGUAGUGAUAUUUUAUAACACAUUUUAAUCAUAAAUUUGAUAAGUGCAGAGCUUGAGAUGGAACUGUAAAGUAGCAUUUAUUUUUUUAUUUAUUAUGUUUUUAUAUAAAAAUAUUAAAAUUGGGGAUUUCGUUCAAAGGAAUUGAGAUAACGUGAAAUUAAUGAUUUUAGUUAUUUUAAAAUUUAUUUAAAACUGUAUGGAAUAAAAAAUUGUGAUAUUUAUUGGAAGCUAAAUGGUUUUAUUCUGCUGGUUGUUAUUUUUGGAAAUAUAAAUUAUUUUAACGAUCAGAUGCGUCAAUUUAUUUGAACAAUGCGUAUGAAAGUUUUUUAACGAGAUCUCCAAUUGAAUACGAUAGUCCCUUUUGUGCCGAGUAAAAGUCGAGUUGUAAAAAUAGUUUAUUUAAAAUAAACGGUCCGAGGAUUGUUGUAUUCAAAAUGUAAUUAUUUCUUUAGAAAUUGCAAUUUUAAAUAUAUAUAUAUAUAAAUAUAUAUAUGUGUAUAAAAUAUUAAUCUUGCGAUA